UGCCGAGAGAAGCAGUAGUCAAUAAAGAGAGUGCCGUAUUUCGCAGGUUGGAGCUGAGCUGUGGCUGCCAGAGGAUAGCGAACGUGAGGAUUUAUAUUCUAAAAUAAUCAUCUUCUUUUGCAGGACUCUGCCAUCGUCCUCAAAGAGUAAAAAAUCCAGUUACGGAAGGGAACUAACACGUGCUGGAUAUGGUGUGCAGAGUGCGUUAGCAAACUUAAGAGAAAACAAAUGAUAGGACACAGGGUGGUGGAAGAUCUCAAAGAGUAAGAUGCCAUUUAACCUGGGCCUUGAAAAUUUAAUAAGGAAAUUUAGACGAGAAGAUUCAGACAAAGCAGAAGACACAGGCCACUAUGUGUUGAGGGACUUGAAUUGUAAGCAGUGACCAGAACAAUGAUUCUUAACCUGUUGUGGCACACUUCUUUUGAAAACUUAAUUAUAUGGAUUAGCUUCUCAGGAAAACGUGCAUGUACCUAUUAAAACAUUUUGCGAGGCUGGACACGGUGGCUCAUGCCUGUAAGCCCAGCACUUUGAGAGGCCGACGCGGGAGGAUCACUUGAGGUCAGGAGUUCGAGACCAGCCUGGCCAAUAUGGCAAAAUCUCGUCUCUACUAAAAACACAAAAAUUAGCGGGGAGUGGUGGUGCACACCUGUAGUCCCAGCUACUCAAGAGGCUGGGUUGGGAGAAUCGCUUGAACUCGGGAAGCAGAGAUUACAGUGAGCCGGGAUCGCGCCACUGCACUGCAGCCUGGGCCACUGAGAGAGGCUGCGUCUCCAAACAAACAUUUUUCAUAUAAUUUCCUCAGGAGAAAUUACGAAAUACUUUUAAAUAGCAAACAGACAUAAAUGACUGGGUGUCUUGUCUGACUCACUCUUCCAAGUUAUCUAUGUCUUUCGUGGUCUUUGAACUAUUUUUCAACCGUGUAACUCGCUACAGCAUCAUGGAAAUUAGGUUUGUCUAGUAAAGAUGCAAUUAAUUAUUGUCCUGAGCAGUAUUUAUUAAUAUUCAUUUCAACGUUCCCGAGUGCCUGUGUACCUGCUUUUUAAAUUCUCCUUUGAACUGGUUUUUAGCACUUAACUGGUUCCCUUAUUUACAGUCAAGCACCACAUACCGACAGACCGCAUGUAUGACAGUGGUCCCAUAAGAUUAUAGGAAUGGAAACUGAAAGUGGAAAUCAGGAAAAGGUAAUGGAAGAAGAAAGCACUGAAAAGAAAAAAGAAGUUGAAAAAAAGAAACGGUCACGAGUUAAACAGGUGCUUGCAGAUAUUGCUAAGCAAGUGGACUUCUGGUUUGGGGAUGCAAAUCUUCACAAGGAUAGAUUUCUUCGAGAACAGAUAGAAAAAUCUAGAGAUGGAUAUGUUGAUAUAUCACUACUUGUGUCUUUUAACAAAAUGAAAAAAUUGACUACUGAUGGGAAGUUAAUUGCCAGAGCAUUGAGAAGUUCAGCUGUUGUAGAGCUUGAUUUGGAAGGCACCAGAAUCCGGAGGAAAAAACCUCUGGGGGAAAGACCAAAGGAUGAGGAUGAACGCACAGUGUAUGUGGAGUUACUUCCCAAAAAUGUUAAUCACAGCUGGAUUGAAAGAGUAUUUGGGAAAUGUGGCAAUGUUGUUUAUAUAAGUAUACCACAUUAUAAGUCUACUGGAGAUCCAAAGGGAUUUGCGUUUGUGGAAUUUGAAACAAAAGAACAAGCAGCAAAAGCAAUUGAGUUUCUUAACAACCCACCAGAAGAAGCACCAAGAAAACCUGGCAUAUUUCCUAAAACAGUGAAAAAUAAGCCCAUUCCAGCCUUAAGAGUUGUGGAAGAGAAAAAAAAGAAAAAGAAGAAGAAAGGCCGAAUGAAAAAGGAAGACAAUAUCCAAGCCAAAGAAGAAAACAUGGACACAAGCAACACCAGCGUCAGUAAAAUGAAAAGAUCCAGACCCACAUCUGAGGGCUCUGACAUUGAGUCCACUGAACCCCAAAAGCAGUCCUCAAAGAAAAAGAAAAAACGGGACAGAGUUGAAGCAUCUAGCUUACCUGAAGUCAGAACAGGGAAGAGGAAGAGAAGCAGCUCUGAAGAUGCAGAAUCCCUAGCUCCCCGAUCAAAAGUAAAGAAAAUUAUUCAGAAAGACAUCAUUAAGGAAGCGUCAGAAGCUUCCAAGGAAAAUAGAGAUAUAGAAAUCUCUACUGAAGAGGAAAAGGAUACUGGAGAUCUAAAAGAUAGCUCUCUCUUGAAAACAAAAAGGAAACAUAAGAAAAAACAUAAAGAGAGACAUAAAAUGGGAGAAGAAGUUAUACCAUUAAGAGUACUAUCAAAGAGCGAAUGGAUGGAUUUGAAAAAAGAGUAUUUAGCGCUACAAAAAGCUAGCAUGGCUUCUUUAAAAAAAACAAUAUCCCGAAUAAAAUCAGAGUCAGAAAUGGAAACAGACAGUGGAGUACCUCAAAACACUGGAAUGAAAAAUGAAAAAACAGCCAACAGGGAAGAGUGUCGCACCCAGGAGAAAGUUAAUGCAACAGGACCACAGUUCGUGAGUGGAGUGAUUGUGAAGAUCAUUAGCACAGAGCCUCUACCUGGCAGGAAACAAGUCCGGGAUACUUUGGCAGCAAUCUCAGAAGUUCUUUAUGUUGAUUUGCUAGAAGGGGAUACAGAAUGCCAUGCUAGAUUUAAAACUCCUGAGGAUGCUCAAGCAGUAAUAAAUGCCUAUACAGAAAUUAACAAGAAACACUGCUGGAAACUCGAGAUCCUUUCUGGUGAUCACGAACAAAGGUAUUGGCAGAAGAUUUUGGUUGAUAGACAGGCAAAACUUAAUCAGCCUCGGGAAAAGAAAAGAGGCACUGAAAAGUUAAUCACCAAAGCUGAAAAGAUUAGACUGGCAAAGACUCAACAAGCGAGUAAACACAUAAGAUUUUCUGAAUAUGACUGAAAAAAAAAAAAAACAGUUCACCUCUUAAUACUUCACAAGAUACUUGAGCUGUUCUUGGGAGAUUCACUUUUAUUAUGGUAGCACUGCAUAAUUAAUGUGUUUUUAAUUAAAAGAAAUAUCUUUGUUCCUCAACUUGUAAAUAAGACUUUUUUCUAGAGACAAAUACGAUGUAUACCACAAUUUUUCUUAAACAUUUUAUUUGUUGAAAUUAUCUUAGAUGUCAGUGUCAGGUGAUUUAGUAAAUAAAUGUGUUUUGAACAUUA